AUGCCCGAACAACUGACUCUAUACGGUCACAAGAUCGAACUGGCGCUCAUUGAAGCCAAUGCACCCCACAAGGCCUACCAAGUCAAGCUCUUGGACAAACCAGAGUGGUUCGUCAAUAAAGUGAACCCCGCUGGCAAGGUGCCCGCUGUGACAUAUGGGGGACCCGAUGUCGACCCCGAGGAUCCUUCUCCCCUGUCCGCUAAAAUAGCAGAAUCGAUCGUCAUCCUCGAGUUCCUGGCAGACCUCUAUCCAGACUCUGGUCUCCUGCCAAAGGAUCCUGUGCUGCGCGCCAACGUCCGUUUCUUCAUCGAUGCGACUACUAAACACUUCCAUGAUCCGUUCUAUGCCUUCGUCCGAGGGUGCGAGCCGUACGAGUAUUUCCUGAAGGGGAUUGAAUUUAUUCAAGGACUUCUCGAAGAGGGUAAAGAUUUCGCGGUUGGUGAUCAUUACACUAUUGCAGAUGCGUGCAUCUCUCCGUACCUCACAAGGCUCAAGGUCAUCAUCGAAACUGACCUAGGGCAAUACCCUGUCGGUAUGGGGUAUAAGCUGGGCGAUGAGUUAAAGGGACAUAAGUUCGCUAAAUUCAUGAAGUACGUCGAGCGAAUGCUGGAGCGUCCAAGCUUGAAGCAAACUCAUGAUCAGGAGUCUCUUAUCAUGUUUUUCAAGACGUAUUUGGCUGAGCGCGUACAGUGAACUUUUACCUGAUAACAAGAUUAUCAGCUCCAUACGACAACACUUCCCAGGUAUAUCCAGGCGAAUAAUAGACAAACUAUACCAUUGGCCAUUGGCAAGAAAUGCUGACAGAAGGGAUAUAUCGGAAUCUUACAUGAGCACACCAACUACUCCUCCAUCUCAUUUCUGCUCUCAUCAUCGCUAUCACUGUCCUACACCCUCAGCAACACCAAUAGGUUCUAAACUUAAAUCAUGAUCUGCGCCAAUGUACGAAACGCAGAUACACGUGGAGUUUCAAACCGUGGUUGCCUUUCAGAAGCGUGAACUCCAGUUUCACUGAGGUGAUGUGCUUGACUACGAGCUACCAGUUUACUAUCUUUUUCAACCAGCAUGCGACGGAAGGGAACUCUUGAAUUUG